UUGUAUUUCAAAUCAAUAAAAUUUAAUAUUUGAAAAUGUAUAAUAAUUAUUUAUUUUCUUUUGGUUGGAUUUGCAUUAUUCUCAAUUUUAAAUUUGUAAACUCCAAAGAUAAAGUUUCUAAGUUAAACUUAUUUCUAAAAAACGUUAAUUGGCUACAAUUAAGAAAAAAUUUACAUAUUAUUGAUGGAAGUCAUGGAGAAAUCACCUUUGACCAAUUGAUUAAUGGAAUUACUAGAAGUAAUUUUGUUACAUCUGAAAAUGUGAACGAUAAAGCGAGACAGUUUUAUUUGUUUUUAAGUUGCAAUCUUUCUAAGACACUAAGAGAACAUACAGACUAUGUAAAAAUAUUAUGGACAGAAUGUAAAAAAUAUCCUGACACAAAAAAAGCAUAUAAGCAUUAUAUAAUGAGAGAAUUUACUGCUUUCACAAACUUCAUUGCUGAUUGGCCGGCAGCAUUUUCUUCUUUUUCAAAUUAUACUGAAAUGGAACUUAAAAAUAACAUUAAUUCUUAUGUAAAUAUACUAUAUUAUUUAGCUUCAUCAUACAACCAUAGUAACAUUGAUAUAGAUGAAAAACUUAAUGAAUUAGAUAAUAAUGUUCGAGAUUUUAUGAAUGGUAAUUGUAGACCAAAACAGCCAACUCCAUCGAAUGAAAUUGAAUGGUACAACAGACAAGUUGGAAAUAGACCUUACGGUGAUGUAGUUUGGAUAGUCAAACCUCAUCUUGAUAAAAUAAAAAUUAAUGUUAUAGCUUUAUUGUUGAAAUUUGAUUUCCUGCAUACCAAAAAGUGUAUAUUAAUGUCAAAUUUUUAUUAUAAAGUUUGUGAAUUUGAAAUCUUUUUAAAAUAUUCAUAUUGGAAUGAAUUUAGAGACGGUUUGCAUAUUUAUGACGGAAAUAAUGGUGAAAUUACCAUGGACCAAUUGUUUGAUGGAUUUGGAACAAAAAACUUUGUUACAUCUGAGAAUAAGAACGAUAAAGUAAGACAUUUUUAUUUGUUGCUGAGCUGUAAUUUUGCGAAGAAAUUAGAAGAUUAUAUAGAUUUUGUAACAAUAUUAUGGAUAGAAUGUAAAAAAAAAUAUACUACAGAAAAAAAAAAAUGUAAAAAACAACUAAUAAUGGAAUUUGAUUCUUUCACAAAUUUCAUUGAAGAUUGGCCGGCUGCAUUUUCUUCUUUUUCAAAUUACACUGAAAUGGAACUUAAAAAUAGCAUUGAUGCAUGCGUUAUCAUAGUACAUUAUUUAGCUUCAUCAUACAACAAGAAUGACAAUUUUAUAGACGAAAAACUGGAUGAAUUAUAUCAUAAUGUUCGAGAUUUCAUGAAUAAUAACUGUAGACCAAUACAGCCAAAUCCAUCGAAUGUAAUUGAAUGGUACAACACGCAAGUUGAAAGAGAAAUACCUAGAGACGAAAUAAUCGCAAGUAUUAAAUAUUCUCUUUAUACCAUAAAGAUAUCAGUAAUGGAAAUGUUUUUGAAAUUCGGUUUCUGGCAUACAAUAAAGAGUGUAUCUAAAAUAAAGACAUUGGAUCUUUGAAAUUUAGAGACAUUCAGUAUAAGUGGCAUCAUAACUCUCGAAUUUAAUUUCAAUUAUAUUGUUGCAUUCAUUUAUUUAUACUGAAAUUAAAAAGUCAGUCAAAGGUCUAUAAUACAAGAUUUCUGAUCUCGUAAUUAAAAUUAAAAAAUUGCGUAUCGUUUAAAUCUAAUUGAUAUCU